GCUUUGCGGUUAAGUGUGUAUCGUGAAAGAAUUCUGAAAUGCUGGCAGCCGUUGUUUACAUGUGACGGGUGUUGUGCAUUGCGUAUUGUGUAUUUCUACGUGCUAGUUGUGUGGGAUGCUUGUGUACAGUAGCCGUUGAUCUCACCUGCAUAACUUGUACAAAAAUCAGUGUCAUGGCAAAUACAUCUAGAAAUUACGUGCGAGAUGAUAUCAUGAAUAGUAUAUUGUCGCCCGGUAUAACACCUUGCCCUUCCGGGAACCAACCUGGCCGCAGCGGGAAAUGGUACAGAAAAGCAGAACACAGGAUAUUCGUGAAUCGGAGUCUCCAUUUGGAGAACAUAAAGUUCUAUGGAUUUGACAUGGAUUAUACGUUGGCUGAGUACAAAUCUCCACAGUAUGAGAGAUUAGGAUUUAAUUUAGUAAAAGAACGGCUUUUAUCUCUUGGAUAUCCUCAAGAAAUACGAGAGUUUGUCUAUGAUCCAUCUUUCCCCAUAAGAGGUCUUUGGUUUGAUACACUUUAUGGGAAUCUUCUAAAAGUUGAUGCAUAUGGAAACAUACUGGUUUGUGUUCAUGGAUUUAAUUUCCUGAAACAUUCCCAGGUGUAUGAACUCUACCCAAAUAAAUUCCUUCAGCUGGAUGAAUCUCGUGUGUAUGUACUCAACACAUUGUUUAAUCUUCCUGAAACGUAUUUGCUGGCAUGCCUAAUUGAUUUUUUCACAAAUUCACCACAGUACACAAGUGAAGCAACUGGUGUGAAGGCGGGUGAUCUGUUCAUGUCCUACAAAUCAAUGUUCCAAGAUAUUCGUAAUGCAGUUGAUUGGGUGCAUUUACAGGGAGAUUUAAAAUCUGAGACUAUUAAAAACUUAGAUGAAUACGUGAAAAAAGAUGAAAGGCUGCCCAUGUUCCUCACAAGGAUACGAGAGAGUGGAGCAAAAGUGUUCCUUCUCACUAACAGCGACUACUGUUUUACAGACAAGAUAAUGAAACAUCUGUUUGAUUUCCCUCAUGGAGCAAGACCAGAUGAACCCCACAGAGACUGGAAGACCUAUUUUGACACCAUAGUGGUAGAUGCCCGAAAACCUUUAUUUUUUGGAGAAGGCACAAUUCUUCGACAGGUGGACACUGUCACUGGAGCCCUGAAGAUAGGCUCCCAUGUGGGGCCUCUGCAGCAGGGACAAGUUUAUUCUGGAGGCAACUGUGAUGUGUUUACAGAACUUCUUGGCGCAAAAGGCAAAGAUGUGCUAUACAUAGGAGAUCACAUAUUUGGUGAUAUUCUGAAGUCAAAAAAGAUUCGCGGGUGGCGAACAUUUCUUAUUGUUCCAGAAUUAGUCCAGGAACUCCAUGUAUGGACGGACAAAUGUCAGCUUUUUGCUGAACUGCAGGCACUAGAUGUUAUGCUAGGAGAAAUGUACAAGAAUCUAGACAGCAGUACAAAAGAGAAACCAGAUAUAUCAAAAAUACGGCUUGCUAUUCGAGAUGUAACGCAUAAGAUGGACCUGGCUUAUGGAAUGAUGGGCAGCGUUUUUCGCAGUGGGUCAAGACAGACUUUUUUCUCUUCUCAAGUUGUGCGAUAUGCUGAUUUGUAUGCAGCUACUUUCCUCAACCUUAUCUACUACCCUUUCAGUUACAUGUUCCGAGCACCAGCAAUGUUGAUGCCUCAUGAAUCAACAGUUGCACACGAACAAAGAUUCGUAAUGGAGAGUCCCAUGAUUUCUCGUUCUCGAACUUUCUCUGUAAUUGAGGAUGAAGAAAACUCAGAAAAGCAUCAGAAGUUUAUGGAACGGCCACAAGGACAGUUACCACAUCCGAGGCCAGAAACUCCUCGAAGUGUAACACACAAUCACGAUGAAGACUACUCAGAUGAGGAAACUGACAGCAAGUCAUCAGAAGAAAAGGCUGGUUGAAAGUCGUAUUUUUGAGGCUGAUUUUUUUUAAAGGCAUGCUCAAACAUGUGGCUACCUUCUCACUGAAGACACUGAGUUUGAUAUGUACUGACAUUAAAAGAACAGACUCAAACUCAGUGUUGAACUGUGGUAGCUAAUUGUGCAUAUGUGUGUAUAUUAAGGGAAUGUGAAUGACAGAUUUGUCUGUUUAAAUGGUGCUGAAUGUAAAUGACUGAAAUAUCUGACUUCAAAUACAUGAUGAGUAAGAGAUUUAAAACUUAGUGCCCAUAAAUGUUUUUAUUAAUUCAUAAAUGUUUUCGUAUUUCAGACUUGAGUUGAAAUUUAAAGUGUUUUCCUGAAACCCAAGUCAUUCCUUAAAUUUUGUUUGACACUUUCUAUUUGUUUUUGAUACACAUAGUCCAAAAGAAAUAGAUAUUUGUAAAUUGGCAUAUAGGUUAAUUAAACGCAUAAAUAUUCAGUAUGAACAGCAAAUAUGUUAAACUGUAAUAAAUUGGGAUUCCGUUACUUUCACAUAGUUUAUUGCAUUUAUUUUCAAAGAGCAGUACCUGCUGCUAAACAUAGCUUAUGAAGAAAGUUACUUCUUUCUUCAAGUGAAUGCUAUAGGGAAAAAACCUUUUGUUUUCUUUGCAUUCCUGAAUGUGAUUCCACCGCAUCAUUUUGGAGUUGACUGUGUUACUGCCAAAUUACAGCUUUAAUAUUUGCAUAGAUUUAUUUGUUUGCAUUAAGUCAUCACUACUGCAUGUUUUCUUUUAUGUUUUUAAUUAACUGGAGCACAAUAAAGAACAUAUAUUCUGUAUGUAGUUAAUUUCAUGUAUAUAUAAAGCAUACACAUUUUACCAAGAAAUGCACAAGCUCAUUAUUUGACUGUAGGCUUGUUUCAAGUUUCUCUAUGCAAUUUACCUUUUCUUUUUCUUUUUUUAUGAUAUGUUAUGAUAGGAAAACCCAUGAGAAGUAAAACUGUAAUGAAAAAAACUGAAGGUUUUGUAAAAAAAAAAAAAAAAAAAAUGCAUUUUAAAAAGGCUGUAACAUUAAUCUGCAUUUCUUUUCCAUUUUAAAUUGUAAAUGUUUUCUAACAACCACAUUUUUUGUGUCUUCCAUUACAAUUUUUCAUGAUAUGCUAAUGGCAUUGUUCUUACCUUUUGAUCGGGAUCCAUAUAAGAUGAUAACUUGCACAAACAUCAGUGAGCAGUUAGUUUCAUAUUGCAGCCACCAUUUAUAUCAAGGUUACUUUUUACUUUUCAAGAAAACUAUAUUGUUUGUUAUUUAUUUUUUGGUAGUUUGUUUUGAGAAAAUGAUCCUCAGAAUGAAACUACAAUCAAAUACAACCAGAUAAAAAUUCUAUUUAUCAAGUAGCUGCAGAUGGAAUUUUUUGACUUUCUGGCUGUGUUUUGUGAAUUUAUCUAAAUAUUCCUUUUGUAGAACUAUUUUCUAGUCAGCAAGGUGCAGUCUUAGAUCACAUACUAGCUGCAUCUCAUUGAUAUAACUCAUAGUAUGUUUUGUGUGUGUGUGUGUGUGGGGGGGGGGGGGGGGUAUUCAAAUGUCACUUCCACAUCUGUGACAAGAUGAUAGAUUAAUAAUACUGAGUGAUGCGGACAAUUGCAGAACAUGGAUCUCCACGCAAGAAGCAAACUUAUCAGGUGAAGAUACAUCUGCGCUGCGAGUUUACACUUAACUUGAUUGUCCACUUGUGACUGCUGCUGCUUGCUAAGCUGAAUUUUUUCUGUGUGUAUUUGAAGUAGAGCUGUUUCACAGCCCACAGAAAACAUUUUUUGUGGGUUAUGUAUAGCUAACAAUUUUUAUUCAAUAAAAGCCAUCUUCAGGAAUAUGGAUUACCAGAUAGCCUUAAUCAAAAUUUGAAACUAUGAAAGUUUUCUGACACAAACUCAUUGUUACCUGUAGCAUGACAGAUACAUUAUUUGUUUAUAUCAUUUUAAAUAAACAUUUUGUCAUAAUUUUAAACAUUCAUUUACUAUCCUCAUACAGCCUGUGAAGGUUUGUGAUUUUUCUUGCACUGAACUUUGUGUAUUUUAAGUGACCUGAAGCAAAGAAACAUGUAGAUGUGCAAAAGCUUCCACUUUUAUUACGGCAUUGUGCACUAUGUGCCAUCCCCAUCAACCUGUGUUACCCACAACACCUUAAUGAGUUUUGUGUUUGUUCAUGGAUAACUAUUAAGAAAAGCAGUUAAAUGAGUUGAGGGCACCCUGACAUGGAAGACAAUGCAAAAGAACUAAAGAUACCGUACAUGAUCAAGCAUUGAACAACUCAGAAGUGAUGAAUUUGAACCAGAAACAGAGCAUCUCCUGCUUAGAAAUGUGAUAGCCACUGCCUCACUCGUGUUUAUUAAUUGAGUUUGUGCUGGUUGGCAUUAUUAUUAUUAUUAUUAUUAUUAUUUUGCUGUGUGAUGCAAGGUGAAUGUUGAGAAUCUGUAAAAAUAAAUAAAUAAUGAUUUAUGUUGGAAUAAUUUGUGCUGGUUCCAAAGUUUUGAAACGUUUGAAUUUGUGUGUUCAUCUUCAACGUAUUUUUCAUUAUGUAAAUGGUACAUAAUGCUGAUGUUCAAUUCAGUUCAGGACUCAAGAAUGUCUAUUAGGUUUUCUGAUCAAGACUAAUGUGACUGAGACAUGGAAAACUUUUAAUGUGGGACUGAGUACGACUGAUUGUAUCUUCUGCUGCUUUAUUGGAAAUUAAAUCACUAAUAGGUUCCUCUCCUUUCUUUAAUUUUUGUGUACACUCAAUCAUCCUGCCAUUGGAAAUUAGAAAAGUUCUCAGAAAAUACUUUUUGCAGACUUUAACUGAAUAUUCUGAGCAUGUAAAUAGUAUUUGUUGAUACGGACCUUUGGAGGUUGGGAUCCUUUUUUGUGCUCUUCUAACUGCAAGAGAUUCUGAACUAAUUAGUCCACAUAGGUAGGCAUUUUGAGAGUUAAAAGAUCCCAUUUUCCAAAAGUUAUUGAAAAUUCUUUUCCUUUCUUCUUCAGUUAUUUUUGAAGCACAUUUUAGUCUACAGUGGCAAACCACCAUUACAAAAUAUUUUGCAGGAACUAUUUUGCCUUUCUGGCAUGGCACUGUAUGCUUCUUCAUGAUUCCUUUUCAGUUUAAUCUUCUGUCUUUUAUAUUCUCUCUGUCAUUUUCUUCUACAUGAAUUCUGUUGCUCAUCAUCUUCAUUACACUCACUUUUGGAUAGACGAUAUUCUGAAGUACAAUGCUCUUCAUCUGUGAUUUCUCUAAGCCUUUAUGAAUUAUUCAUUUUACCAUAAACAUAAAUCCACACAAACCUCUGUAACACCUAUCAAAUAAUCAAGUAACAGUUAAGAGAACAAUAUAAUAAUAUAAAACUCAGAUAAUGUUAUCACACAAAACAUAUCUGAAAACAGUUUAGACAAUGAUUACAAAGCUUACCUCGAAACAGUUUAGACAAUUCUGUAAUACAAAACUUAUCUGAAAACAGUUUUGAGAACUUUAAUGCAAAGUAACGACAAUAAUAAUAAUUGAAAGAAACUUCCAGAUGGUGGGACAGAAAAUCUAAAAUUUUGUUUCAUGUCACUGUAGUGCAAGUCAGACUUACUUUACUAUGCCAUAACAUAUAAACGAUUUCACAGUAGAACUUGUGGUGCCAUCUUUGAACCUAUUGUGCAUACAAAGACAUACAACACUAUGCCAUCCAACAGAGUGCAGUUUCCACCACAUCUCAUAGAAUGAAACUCAUUUUCAUCAAAACCUGAAUUACACCAUUGGUGCCAUUAAUCUCUUCCUUUCCACCAUUCACAAAGAAUUUUCUUCUAUUUCUCCUGGGCAAUCUACCACAAGAUAAAAUACUGUGAGUAGUAAAUCAUUUACAAGCCUUGUCUUUUUUAUAAUUAGAUUUAUUGUUCGGUAUUGUUUAUUAUCGACUGUGCCUAAUAUUUUUCGUACCAGACUUGCAUGUACACAUACAAACAUUUCCUAGUGAUGUAAUUCCAUUGCAAACAUGAAAUCAACUGUUUUCGUGAUACAAAAAACCUUUAUAAUUUCAAUAUUGCUCGUUUAACUCUUUUUGCAUAUGGCCUUACUUCCACACUCAAUUAUUCAUAGUAUAUUAAUUCCAUUUUCACAAAAAAUGUGGAUGUAUCCCUGAUAAUCAGGAUUCUGGAGGGAUUUCGAGUUGAACAGAUUAAUGUCUUUUUCUUGCAGUUUACCUGGUGGACUUACUGAAAAAUUCCACUUCAAUGCACUGCAUAAAUAUUCAAAAAAUAUAGUUCAGACUGAACCCUAUGUUCUGCUUUUUCGACAACUCGGAGAAUAAUCUCAAACCUAGAAAACUGUUCUCUUACACAGUGUGUGUAUCAUAACUGCCUAUCUUGGGGAGAGAUCAGUACUGAAAACUAGACGAGAAACGGAGAUGUGAUGUCAAGCUGAAAUUUUGUCUCAUUGUGUGUAGUACCCUCAGAUGCCUCAGUUGGUAUUAAUACUGACUAACAAGGAGAGGUCCCUUGUGGUGGAAAUGCCUUUUUGAAACCAUUUAUAGUAAUGUAGGUUAAAGUCCCAGGUAUCACAGCCUGCAACCAUUUACCCUGGUGGUCCCUUAUUUGUGGGG